AUGCUUCCGGCGUACAGCAACAACGCCUACCAGCCGGACGAGGAGCCCCAUGAGCGCCACCGCAAGGACGACAGGUAUCAGAAUCCUCGAGGGUGGAGUGUCUAUGAAGGAGACCGCCGUCAGAGGAGCAGACUGCGGGAGGAUAAUUUCGAGGAAAGGGGAGGUCGAGGGAUUCCUAGGGAUCGUGAAUCCCAAGCUAGGGGGUGGGAGGCGCCUGAGAGGAGAAGGGAAAGCGUGCCAAGAGACGUGGAAAUGCCUCGCCGGGACCAAAAUGCGUUGGGCGGCGUGAGGUACGACGCGAUACGAGGAGGAGCACGCGAAAGUCGGCACCAAAGGGAUCGGGAUGAAGUUAGUGAAAGAUUCCAGCAAUAUGUCGGUCGGGGUCCUGAUCGCAGCCAAGCACACGGGGAGAGAGGCUGGGAUCGAGCACGAAGCCAAGAAUACGAGAUGCAGGAGACGCGGCACCGGCCUUACAGUGCGGGUCGCGAGUCGAGAGAGCGCGAUAGGGAGGCAGCUGUGAGGAGGCGGGAGAAUCCUCGACGAGACUUUUCCGUCGCGAUUGAUGAUGUUGAUGGUGGAUAUGAAGGCCAUGGUGGCUGGAGGUCGAGUCACCAAUCUCACCCUCGUGCUUUCAGGGUGUCUGACGCCGUCGAUUCAAGAUAUGCUGACCGUCAGCACGACCACGGAUACCAAGAUGGCGGUCACGAUGGGGGCGAAAACGAUGGCCGGGCGGAGCUUCAGAACAUGCUCCCCUCUCAGCUGGACAAAAAUAAAGGAACGCUGCCCUUCCGGAGAUCACUCGGAAGAGGGACGCUCAGGAGGCGGUCCACCAUCCGCAGAGAAACUGAAGUUAACGCAACCCAGCCUACAACAGAAGAGGAAAUUCUGGAAGUCUUGCGUACUCUCCGAGAGCAGUCUUGGCACAUGGCCACUCGCAGGAAGCGCCGAACGGAGUCUCUGAGGAUUCUGGGGAAAAAAUACAAGAAGUGGUAUUCUACUCGUCCAGUCACCUCCUUGGUCAAGCAGGGAAGCAGCACCGUCAACAACAUCAUGCAGACUUUAAGUCCGUGGGGCGGAAUUCUGAAGAGGAUCGAGGGAAGGCACGGAGCAAGCGUCGUUGCCGUCUUUAACUUCCUACGUGACAUGAUUCAGCUGAACCUCCUGUUGCUUCUCCUGAUGAUCGGCGGUAUCGUCAUCCCGUCAAGCUUCUUGGUCAGUGACAAUGGCCCCGCCCAGGGGUUCUCGUGGAGUCUUAACGGCACGAGGGAUCUGUGCGCUGGGAUACAGCUAGACUUCGACAACCAGACGUAUUACUGUAACACAAACUACACAGUCAAGAUACAGCAGGAAGUAGACAAGAGCGCACAUGAUUUCAUCGGCCUAGUGGGUGACUUUCUUCAGGGAACAGGCUUCCUCGAGUGGACCUACCUUUUCAGCGGCAGAUACCCGGCUGCCAUAGAAAGUGAGAGCUACCUUGUGAGCCUGGCCUACAUCCUCACGAUACUCGUGGUCUAUUUCAUCUCCAUCGUGUACGUAGUUUAUUUCGUCGCCAAGUUCCUGCGUCAGUCCUCUGUCUCCCAGGCAGACUACGGUAUGACCUUCUCGAAGAUAGUCUUCACCGGCUGGGACUUCACGGUGAGCGAGGAAGACGCCGCAGAAAUCGAAAGGAAUCUCGUAGUGUGCGAAGUAAGAACAGCCUUUGAUGACGUCGACUACAUGAGUAAGCAAAUGAGUCUCACGAGCAGAGAUUUCAUCAAAAUCUACCUAAUCCGUUUUAUUGUCAAUGUUAUAACCCUUUCACUGAUCAUUGGCGGUUGGGUCGCAAUAUAUUUCAUGGUUAUUGAGCAGCAAAAUCAUGUGACUGGCACUGAAUUUGAACAGUUUUUGUGGGAGUAUGCCCCAACUAUUCUGGUGUCGGUUUUCAAUUUUGUCUACCCUCUACUUUUUGACUUUGUGGUAAAAUUCGAACAUUACACCGGGAGACACGAACUUUUACUUACACUCGGUCGGUGCGUGUUAGUUAGGCUCACGUCCUUAGGCAUCCUCGUCAUUACUACCCUAAGUGUCAUAUCCUCCGAGGACCGAAACUGCGAAAUAGAAAACGAAUACAUCUGCUGGGAGACACGCAUGGGGCAGCAGGUCUACUCCGUGUUGGUGCUCAACGCCAUCAUUGAUUUCGGCAUGACCUUCGUCGUCAACGUGGCUCGGCGGGGACUCUGGAGGUUCGACAACAAGAUUUGCAAAACGGUCGGGCGACUAGAGUUCUAUGUGCCCGGACACGUUCUGGAUGUAGUGUACGCACAGACGCUCUGUUGGAUCGGGAUUAUCUACGCGCCUCUGCUAGCGGGUGCUGUUCUGAUCAAUUUCUGCUACAUGUUCCUCCUGAAGCUGUUCACUGUCACCGUGACCUGCUUUCCGGCAAACAGAGUGUUCCGGGCCUCACGCUCCUCGGCCAUGUUCAUGACUAUUCUCUCUCUCGCCCUCUUCAUGUGCGUCGUGUCCACCGGCUUGGCUCUACUGCUCAUCAAGCCGUCGCUGGCUUGCUCGCCCUUCAGAGGUCUAGACUACGCCUGGGAAGCCUUGACCUACUACAUCUGUCAUUUGGAAAGUUCGUCUGACAGCUGGAUAAGAGUUGUGCUGUUCACGCUGGACGACAUUGCUACAGCAGUGGUUCUUCUAGUCGUGGUGGUUCUCCUGGCAACUUAUUAUAUAUCUCUCGGUAAAGCUCGAGGCUCUCUUAUCAGAAGACUCGAAGACAAACUCAAGAUUACAACUAAAGAGAAAAACUACCUCAUGAAACAAUACAGUCGUUUAUCACCCAGUGGCACAAGGAAUUAGUCUGAGUAUCAAGUCAGUGCUUCAGAAUUUUGCAGAUGACUUGCAUUUUCAAAGAUCAUGGGACCUUUAUUACCUCCAAGAUGGACUUGGCAAGCGAAUCUCCAUGAACAUCCUCACGUGGAUUCUAUUUGACUUCUCCUGUUUCAUAUCAAUGAUAAUAAUCAUCGAACAAAUCGGCCAUUUCCCUAGGCCUUCACGUAACGGGUUUAACAU